CUGUCUCCUCGUCUUGGCCGUACUCUUCUCCACCAGAAGUCCCCAAGUCUUAUGCGCUCUGUCCUUCACACUUCCCUGCGCAUGUGCCGGAUCCUCCGGAGUAACUGCGGACAUCGAUCUAGCCACGCAACCCAAUGCGGACGCAUGAGUCUGGCAGGAACUGUGCCUAGUUUCUGCAUGCGCCUACAUCUACGCUCUGCAACUUGUUUUCAACCGUACUUUUUCGUGUGUCUGCGCUUCCUUUUUCUCACCUUCCGACAGCGAGACCCCGUCUCGUUUUCUGCGCGCCUGCCGCGUGUCUUUCUUCGGUGCCGCCACCCUUCUAAGGCUCGGGAACUCCUCGAAGGAACUGCCGGUUUUUUUUUCUCUCACCUCUUUCUCUUGGGAGGCAACGGACAAGUCCGCCGACAGACAGCCACCGUUUCCCCGCGAUGGCGCUGCCGUUUUCUUGCUCACCUGCGCCAGCCAGUUGGCUUGCGGCUGGACACCCGGCCGAAAGGCCGCUCGGCCCCCCACCUGCAUCGCAGACUUCUCUCUCUUCCAGAGAUCCGUCGGCUGCUCCGUGCUCCGUCUACACGUCCGCCUUGUCCCCGCCUGCAUCGCAGACUUCUCUCUCUUCCAGAGAUCCGUCGGCUGCUCCGUGCUCCGUCUACACGUCCGCCUUGUCCCCGCCUGCAUCGCAGACUUCUCUCUCUUCCAGAGAUCCGUCGGCUGCUCCGUGCUCCGUCUACACGUCCGCCUUGUCCCCGCCUGCAUCGCAGACUUCUCUCUCUGCGUCACGCACAGGCUUCCCCGUCUCUCCACGAACAGCAGGAACCGGGGAGAAGGCGACUCACAUGAGAUGCGCGCAACCGGUCUCGCUGAGAAGUGGAUGCUGUGAAGGAAACAGCCUUCACAGUGGCAACGCCCUUCCGGGCGUGAGCAUGCAUGAAGUGUCAGCCUUGUCGCGUUCCUUCUCGGGAAGCGGGCCUUUGCCUGCUCGGUCUUCGCCUCCAGUCGGAGCGCAGGACUCCCGCGAAGCGCAGUUCUCAGCGAAAGCCACAGAGUUGCAGCAUCUGCUUCACCUGUUCCAGAACGCAGGGGAGCCUAAGCGUCAGGAAGCUGUCUUCUCCCCUUCUCUCCUUCCUUCCUUCGCUUCUCCUGGCCCUAGCUUCGGAGAGCGAAAGCGAAAGGUCGAGAGCGGCGAGGCCUGCACGCUGCUCGCCUCGCCCCAGGGAGAUGCGCUGCCGCCUCUGCAUGGACCGACAGGCCUCCAGAACAUGCUCGAGCGUGAGGCCUUUCUGCACUGCCUCGCUCGCCAGAGACUCGGAGACAGUCUUCGCUUCGCUGCGGACAACGCAGGAAGCGAGUUUCGAAGAGGUGAUGCUGUCACGGAUGCGCAAGAAUCUCCUACAGCCGCCCCGCCAGUCUCGCUCCUCACGCAACACAGGGGAAGGGGACAGCUGCCGCUUUCGCUUCGGCCUGUUCCUUCCGCAUGGCCUCCACACGCAGCGGUGCGUCCGCCGACCUCCACGCCGGCGCUGCGAAGUCAGACACUCGCCUCUGCAGCGUCUCUCUCCAUGGGGUGUCGAGGCUUCCAAGGUGACCACGACCCUCGCCUUUCGAAGUAUCUCUCUCUUCAGGAUCGACGAGCUGCGAGCUCCCCCGUAGGGAUGUCCCCGCAACGGACAGUUUCGUCGCAAAGACCGUCUCUCCGCGAACGAGAGGGCGUCUCGGUGCCGGCUGUCCAGAAGCUGCAGAUGAGCCCCCGAGAGGGAAUGCGACAUCACCGCGUCUCGCUGCCUCCGUUCGCGCCUCCAGGGUAUGGACAAGAACCUGUGCGUGAGGAGGACAGCUUCCCUGAUGGAGGUGGAGAGGGCGAGAGAGGUCUUUUUCUCCUUCGGUCUGCUCUCUUGGCUUCUCCCGACCUCGUUGAGAAGAUCAAGAGACUCCCAGGGGGUGUUGCUGCCCUCCAGCGAUGCGCGGCUCUGACGGGGCCUCCCUGGAACAAACAGACGCCUCUUCGGAACGAGGUCCAUGCGGCGCGUUCUCCCUCUCCUCUCUCUUCUCUCUCCGCGUCCGUGACGCCUUCCCUGUCACCUGCUGCCGCGCCUUCUCUCCUGCAGAAAGCCGCGCCUGCGCGCGCUUCUGCGGCAUGUGGAGGCGCUGGGAGUCGGCCCCAGGAAGGCCUGAGACGCGAAGCGGAGAUGGCCGUCUGGGGUGAGCAGCAGAGCCAGGGAGACGAGCGGAAGAAGCGGCGGAAGACUGCCAAGGAAGAGCGCGUGGAGCAGACAGGUGGGGGGACAGAGAGCGUCAAGGAAAAGGCAAGGCCUGUCUUCACCUGCGGCGUCGAGACCGACGGGGCAGAGGAAGAGGCCAGCGGCGGGAGAAGCGGCGAGAAGCGAGAGCCAGAGGAGACUGUGAAGCUCGAAGACGAUUUGCAAAAGGAAGAGCGAAGGGAGAAACGCCUGAGGAGACGCAUGCGGCGUCGACAAAGGCGCCUGCGCAGACGUGCAAGACGCGACCUCGUCCGCCUCAUGCGCCGCCAACUGCUGAAGAAGAGAGAGGACGAAAGACGAAGCCGAGACGCCGAGGAGAGCCAAGACGAAAGCGAGGAAGAAAAGCCUUGCAGGGAAGACAGCCGCGGGGAGAAAGAAGAUGAGGCAGAGGCGGAUAGUCAGGAAGACAGCGGAGCACGCAAGAGAGGGGCAAAACCUCCCGACUCUGAGGAGACACAGACGAUGCGAGGAAGACGAAGAGGACUGGCGACGACAGCAAGGGGGAAAGGCGCACCGACGAUGCAGCGUCCAAGGCGGGGACUUGCCCAGGGGAAAGCUCCGGAGGCGACACACCAUUCCAGUGCUGAAGAGGAGGAAUCGAAGAUCAAGAAGGGAGAAGAGAAAGAGACGAAGAACAAGAAGGGUGCGCAGGAAGAGAGAAAGAACAAGAAGGCGGAGGAGGAGGAAGAGAGAAAGAACAAGAAGGCGGAGGAGGAGGAAGAGAAAAAGAACAAGAAAGAGGAGGAGAAAGAGAAGAAGAAUAAGAAAGGGGAGGAGGAAGAGACGAAGGAAGAAGACUUCAACGCGCAGCGAGAACGCAUUGAAAGGAAACUCCGUAAACGCCUAAAACAACUUUCGUCAGGAACCGUCAUGGUCCAGAGAGGCUCUCGGCGUCGUGAAGGCGACUACGAGGCUGGGCUCUCUCUUCAGAGGAAACUUGACUUUUUAGUCGAACACAGCGUCGCAUGUCCAACGCUGCCGAACAGCGCGCCUCUCUCGAACGCCUACACGAUCACUUCUCGCUUCAAGGAGAGAAACCACAGCUCGAUGCUCAGCGACGCUGCCCGGAUGAACUUGUACAAACUGGCCAUCGAAACGCAAGUUUCUCGUCUCCUGCAAGAGGACAGAAAACGCGACGAGUCCCAGAGACCCCACCGCGUUCUGGAGGUCGGCUGCGGGCCUUUCUGCGUCCUCAGCAUCAACGCAGCGCGAGCCGGAGCGAAGGACAUUGUGGCUCUGGAGGUGGUGAAGCGAUCUGCCGCAGAUGCACAGGCGUUCGUUCGCAUGUAUGGCUUUGACCGCGUGAUCAAAGUCAUCAACGCCUACUCAAAGGAGUGCCCGUUGCGGCGGCUUGCGCCUCUGUCUCCCUGCGCCUCCUCGUCUGGAAAUGCGGAGGCGGUGGAGCCCCGCGGGACUGCGUGCGCAGAGAAGAAGUCGGCGUCUCCGGAUUUCCUCGUGACCUCGUCGACCUGGAUGGAGAGAAGCACGAGCAGCUGUCUGAGUUCGCCUUCCAGUGAGAGCGUUCCCCCCAGCGCGUCGACAGGGAGCAGAGCGUCGGCUUCUCUCUCGACUUGCUCAGCUCGAGACGACGGACCGGAGGAGAGCGUGAAACAGACAAAAGGAGAAGGCGAACGAGGACAGGAUGGCCACGGACCCUUCGAUUUGAUCAUUCACGAAAUCAUCGGAGACAUUUGCAGCAACGAGGGCGUCGCCGACGUCGUCGAUGACAUCCAAACCCGCACCGGAUCGAUUCCUGCCUCCGUGCCGUACGCGGCGCGCACAUGGUUCACGCCUUGCGAGUUGCCGCGACCUCGUCACAUUCUCUUCCCCCACCACAGGUAUCCCCUCCGAACGAUUCUCUCUCCGAAUCGCGUGCUUCUCCAGUCGGUCGACAUGGAAUUUUCGUCUCUGCGCCUCAGCGACAGUUUCGCGCCUCUCGAAGAACUUCUUUUCGAAGAACCCAUGAGGCCGCAACUUCUUCAAAAGAGACGGGCAGAGUUCAGGUGCAUGCGGAGCGGCAAACUCUGUGGCUUGUUGCUGUGCAACGAAGUGGAGGUUCUGAAGGGCGUCUCCAUCGACAACCGCGAGAGUUCGGCUGCAAGUCACUGGUACACGAACGUCGCUCUCUUAAGGCGAGAAGUUCGCGUGCGGCGAGGCGACACCAUCGUCGUUUAUUCUUGUGCAGAUCUGAGAAACUACCAGCAUGUAGACGUCAAGGAGGGCGGCAGUUUAGCGGAUGUGGAGGAGAUUCACUGGGCCGCUCGUCCGGGGAGAGCGUCUCCUUCGAGCGCGAAAGCAAAGCAAAGUUCAUCUUCAACAGGAAGAACUGCGUCGCGGUCGAGACGAAGUCGGUGCGAGAGAGUGGCCAGUCGCUUGCCUGUUGCCGCUGCUACAGCUUCUUCGCCUCCUGCUCCGUGCGAAGAGAGUUUGAGGAGAAACGGUCCUUCACGUGAGGGCGAGCGGGGACAGGACUCGGCGUCCUCUCAGCUGUAUCUUUCUUCUCCCUCCCGCGAGGAGGCGUCUGCGCGUGUCAUCGACUCUGGGGAACGGCGGGCCUCUCUCUCAGGCUCUGGCGAGACGGCCUACUGGACAGAACCUUCCUCAACAGUUGGCGGAGCGCGGAGUGCCGGUGAUUUCGGUUUGAACAGCAAGACAGAGGAAGCUGAAAGGACCGCGUCGGUGACGCAGCAAGCCGGAGACCAGCGCGGGAGCGGUGCUGGGGAUGAGGCAGACGACCCUCUUGCCUUCCCCGCGUUUUUCGCGACUAGUGCUGCAGGCGAAGAGAGAAGCAUCCCCGCGACCGGGUACACCCGGCAGUAUUUGUCAAGGCCUAGGUUCUGCUUUUGUGUGGAGAUUCACAGGCCGGUUCGCCGCAGAAGUCGGAGCUCGUUUCUCUUUUUAAGUCAGUUCUGCCGAAGCCAGGGAGAACGAGGAGAGCCGGAGCGCGAGGCCGAGAACUUGGAAGACAGCAAGUGGAGGGCGCUGCUCGAGAGCGAGACCGACACUUCAAGUUCGGAAGAAGAAGCAGACUCAGACCUCUCAGACUCGGACUUCUCAAGUGACGACAGCGACAGCAGCGAAAGCGAAGAAGAGGAAGAAGGCGAGGACGAAGCAGAGGAGGAAACGGAUGCGGCACACAGUCACGCGGCAACGGGAGAGGCAAACGCGGGAGGAAAGGCGAGGACGGAGACAGGAGCAGGGGGGGAAGACAGUGAGGACACAGCGAAGAAGAGUAGGAAGAAACAUCAGACGGAUGUGAUUUCAGCGUCAGAAAACGAAGAGAAGAGGCGAGAGGAAACAGAGAAGAAGGAGGAAAGCAAGACGCAGGCAGAAGGUGCAGGAAUGAAAAAACUCGAGAAACAAGAGAUGCAAGUGAAAAUUCAACGGCUUCCGGCCAUCACGAUUGACUUCAACGAACAGUCUCCAUUCGUUGAUAAAGCGGUGUGUAAAGGUCGAGCCGGAGGUUCGGGACGGCAGUUCAGACUUUGAUGCUGUGAAAGGAUCCCGGGCAGACGCAGGGGAGCUUUCCGUUUUGUUUGCAGCGAAUCGACAGCCGAAAGAAACUCUCGUGUUUCUCACUUUUCCAGCAGCAACAGAGAAGGGUACGGCAAGCCGGCCACGUGCCUUCUUCGCUGCCUCACAGCGAGAUAGAGUGUGCAGCUAGAAAGUUCCGUGAUCCACGAGAGUGUAUCUCCCAGUGGUCGUUUGCCGGGAAAACGGAGAAGGCAACCAGGUGCCGCGGCAGAAAGGAGAGCUGCGCAACGUACAAUUAGGCGCACGUGCAGUUUUCUAUUCUGUUUCUGGGAAAGGCAUCAUCUUCGUAUGCGUAGCAGAAGAAAUCAUCAACUGAGGGCCGGAAUGAGGUGCAUCGACGCACUACCUGCGCGCUGGCGUUUGCGGUGUCGGCCAGCUUUCGUGAGCCGCUGACUCCUAGGGUAAAAUCCGUGGACCAGCAGCCGGUUUGAGGACGUGGUGGCUUUUGUUGCAGAGUUUCGGAAAUGCAGACCCGCUUCUGGCUUGGCCGUCGGUCCAUAAUUUGCCGUCUUGUCAAAGAAAUAGAAACACGGUUGUGUACUGUGGAUAUUUAGACGGGAAUACACUGUUCCCGGAUGUACAGCUGUAUCCCCGGGUGCCAGCAGUUUUUGCGAAGUGAGCACAAGACCUGCGUCACUUUUUCUGUGUGGUGGAAGACUUGAAGAAGGGUGCCUAGGAAAGAACAGUGACCGCUGCACUGUGUGCCAAAAAAAACAGGUUUGUCAGAAGCAGACGACGGUGUACUUUUCUUCUGAGUCGAACUGUCCACUUCCGUGCGUCUGCGCUGUCCGUGAAAUGUAGACGUAUCCUUUCCACCACUUGGUUUUCUUUUUAACUCCACGUGGGAGGCGAGCAGGAACGCAGUUUCCGUGUUGUGAAAGCAAUAUGCCAGUUAGUCGAAUUCUGUAGGAAAUAGAAUCACCCAUACCGAGGAAGUCACGUCAGAGGGUGGACGCUGGUGCGAAUUGGGAAACAAGGAGUAAUGUUCAACCGGAUCUUCAUUUUGUUCUCAUCCCUAUCGGCGGGCGAUACAAUCUUUUGUCGGUGAGGUCUUUGGGUUUCGCUUGAAGGUUUCGCCGUUGUCAGUUCUUGUUUCCAGCUGCGUCUUAGCCGGUGACAGAGGGAAUGACUAUUUCUCAAAAUUCGCUUUUCGUUUUUGUGGAGCGGUCCAAAGAGGAACUCUCCAGUUGACUGACAGUACGACACCUCGCAUUAUUUCAAUGGCAUUUCUUGUCG